GCAGUCAGAUUUAUCCACAUCCGCCAUUAAACCUUUGCUUCGUGGUGCUCCUUGCUCAGUUGCUCUGCUCUCUACUACACGAAUCCCGUUGGGAACGCUGGUGUUGUAAUUUUUUUUGUGAACUUAUUUGGUAUACAGUCGAUUUAGGAAGAUCUCGAUUGAUUUCUGCAUUUCGACACCCGAAGAACCCUAGGAAGGACGACGCCUCCUUGUCCGAUCAUGAAGUUAGGGUUUUCCUCUGUUCAAGUUCGAUCUAAGAGGAAUUAGAGAUGAUAUCAUGCUUAGGCUUGACGAUUCGGUGAUUCGUUCUCCAAUAGGCGUCCCGAUUUGGUGCUAAUAGAAACUCCUAUGGAAACCCUAGGUGAUUUAAGAACUGAAUUCGACGGCAUGUCUAGGCCCAUCCUACUCGUCUUUCUACUCGUCAUACUUAUAGUCACCUCUCAGUUUGAGUGGAGGCAACCACUUGUUUCCGACCUUGAUGCAACUCCGAGCGUGUCUCAGAAACAGCUGCAAAUUUCGGAAAGGGAAGAAGCUGUGAAGGAGAAGAUCAUUCUAUCGCAGGAGAGACAUAUCCAGAGGCUAAAUGACCUUGUCCGGAGCCUUCAACUUCAAUUGUUGCGAUGCAACGGACGAAACGAGACGGAAAAUGCCGCUGAGAAAUACGAUCAAGAUAAGCUAUUCAUCCAACUGGAGAGGAAACACAUCAUGGAAGACUAAAGUGACCCAAAAUGGUAGGUAAGGUUAUUGCAAAGAUCAUUUUGUAUGCAUCACACACUGAAUCUGGUUCUUGACUUGUAAAGGGCUGAUUGAUUUGGACUGUCUUGAUUCAUGAAAUAGCUUGAGAAUAUCUUCUGUUUGAAA